UGCUCUCUCGAUCGCGCCCCGCACCGCAAAAGAGACGACUGCCAGAUCGGCUGAACAGAGUGGUCAGAUCUUGUGUGUUGUUGUUUUCGACAAGACACUUCCAAUCGCAACAAUGCCGGAGGUUUUGGAUCUUUGCGACCAGGUUCCCAUCGCCUGCCACGCCUGGAAUGGGGACAGAACUCAAAUUGCUUUGCCACCUAAUUCUACUGAGGUGAACAUCUAUCAGAAGGUUGGAAAGACUUUCGAACUGAAGCAUGUUUUGAAGGGAGACGGACAGCGUGUGCGUGGUGUGGAUUGGGCACCCAAGUCAAACCAGAUCGUCACCUGUGGAGAUGAUCGUAAUGCCUACGUGUGGACCCAGCAGGACGAUGGCACCUGGAAGCCAAUGUUGGUGUUGCUGCGUAUCAACCGUGCCGCUACCUGUGUCAAGUGGUCACCAAAUGGUAAGCAAAGCGUGCUCAGGACACCAUGCUUCGAGCAUGUACUGUCUCUUCCCUUUUCAACUCCCUCAACCGGUACUGUGUGUACUUAUCAUGAUAAAAUAGCCUAAUGCUUGUACUGCUAGCCACAGUUGUUGCAAAGUGAUGCAACGUAUUUUGGAUGCUGUGAUAUGCAGAGUGAACACUAGAGUAGCUAGAGUAGUUACUUAGGUUAGUUAUGUACUUACUAAAUCAGCAGGCAAAGCAAGUGCAUGGCAAUAUCCAACAGCCUGUCAGCGUCUGUAAAAGGAGAGUGAGUGCCGCCCGCCUGGCACUGCCUGUUCUCUGAAAGCUAGAAACUCACUUCCUGUGUGUCUGGCCACACUUCCCGGGGUCAAGCACAGCAGCAGCAGCAGCACCAUCGUGCCAUUGCGAAAUGCUGCUCUUUGUGUUUUCCACCAGGGCUCAAUGGUUACGGAUUUUGUGUCGGUGGCAGCCUGUAUAUAGCUGUGUAGCUCAAUCACUCACCCAUACAUGUACUUAGUAUGUUGUUGACCAUAUCCCAUGCUAUUCAGUGAUUUUCAUGAGAUGUG